AUGUCGACUCCAAGCAAGACCAGCAACCCAUCCUCUAGCAUGGGUUCCCUUCGCGAGAACUCCUCGGCUCCCACGAACGCCCCUACCAUCGACUUCUCUACCCUCAUCCUCGACGCCCAAUCCCGCCCCGAAUCCUACUACGUCUCUCGCAUGAACGCCCUCUCCACCAUCGCCGCCAGCACCUACUGGGAUGCCUCCACCUCCUUCACCGCCGCCGCCGCUGCUCAAAACAUGUCCGCCGAGGACGCCGGCGCCGGCCUCUCCGUCAUCACCACCCUCCUUUUCGACCUCCUCGCAACCCGCAAUGUCCGCAAAGACACCGCCCUCCUCGCCCUCGCCAAGCGCCAAGACGGCUACUCCGAGCACACGAUGCAAGAGGCGUGGGACGAGGCGUGGGAUCAGAAGACCGCAGAAGUCAAAGCGGUGCGGGAGGCGCGGGAGCGCGUGCGUGCUGAGGUCGGGCGUGGUAACCUGCCUCAGCAGCAGCAGCAGGGUGUCAGCUCCGGUCAGACUCACGUCUCUGUUGGUGGAUCUGCGGCAGGCGGUGGUGGUGGUGGCGAGAUGGUGCCAAAGGGGCCGCCGAAGAAGAAGCACAAUAAGAAUGGAAGUCAGAAGCGCAAGGAGAAGCGCGACGAGGCGAAGCGCGCGGGGUCGAUGAACGGAGGGGUUAAUGUCACGAAGGCCAAGUAUCAGCUUGGUGGCUGA